AUGUAUAUUGUCGAGUGGUUAGUGUUUCGCUUCAUGAUUCAUAAUCUACUGGACAACUUUGAGUGGUCGCUUUGGCGCCAGACAGCUAGUGCUUCAUAACGCGCACCGCUUUAUGGACCGUGUCGAAGCGAUGGGUAGUAUAAAAUAUGCAGGUGUUUAGGAUGGGCUCCUCAUCAAAUCGAACAUCUGCAGCGUAGAUUUUCUAUUCCAAAUUUUAAUCACUCCAGUAUGCAAUACAUGCAACCCAGCCAAAUGAUUUUAAACUCUAAUGGAGCCGGGUCGUCUGGGUACUAUGCUCAAUAUACCAAUCCUCCCCCUCACCCCACGAUGGUGAACGCCGAGAUGCCACCGUAUUGGAAACUCAGGGAUGGAAGAAUAGCAAAGCGUGUUCCACGCUCGCGGGAAUUCAAUCCUUCCCAGCAGAGCUUUCCCGGAAUCUUUUUUAGCAUUCAUGGUUGGUGCGGUGUGAGCGCGGAAGAUAUUCUCAACAACAACGUUGUCAUUGAUUAUCCGACCGACACGAUGUUCGCUCAUCACGGCUGGCGAGAAACUACUCUGGCACUAAAUUGGCCUGGAUACCUGCCCAACAGAUCUUCGGAUGCAUCUCGUUGUCGCUUUAAAAUAUUGAAGGAUAAAAAACAGCCGAUGACUCGUCAAGAUUUCGCCGUAGAUAUUGCCAGGCUAAUUAAAAAUCUUGCGAACUGUGCAAUGGACAGGCCCGUUGCACCUGGUUGGGAAGAUUGGGCGUUCGGCGCGAACAAAGUUCGUAUGUCAGACAUAUUUAUCCUAUCGGCCCAUUAUUACAGGAAUGUUUGGGUCCCUGAGCUCUACGUCGUUAAUAUGGAAUAAUGUUCUCUGGCGGCCUCCUUUCGCCUACAGCCCUAUAGAAUAGAUAAAUAUAUUUAGUUUUCAU